GAUCUCCCUUCUUCGGCAUCUAAAUUCACAAAGGGAGAUACGGCGGCACUAAACGCAACCUUCGAAUCGGCUUCCAACGAGAACGAAGUCAUACCUGAUGUUGAAGUCAACAACUUUCCGGAUGAGUAUGUUCUCCCUAAUAUUGGUCGUGAAGUACUUGCACAUACAGAAUUUGAUGUUCGCCAACUUGAAGACAUCUCAAAGCCUAAGGUUCAAACAUUCCUUACCAAAUUGAAUGAUGUCGUGGUGAAUAGUAAGCAGGCGGUUGGCACGGAUGAAACAUUUACCGAUACAUUUGUGGAUGAUCUACUUCGGAUUGCUAAGCUAAACAGAUUUCCCUUAAGGAUCAGAAAUCAACCGCCAACCAAACUAUACAUCCAGGAUGUUGCACGCGUGAUAUCAGUCCUUGAUUUCGUAAUUGAGAAGAAAAAUAGUGAAAACCGUAACAUUGUUGUGGUAGAGGACAAACACCUGCAAAAUGUCGGCUAUGCUACUGAUUUUGGGGAACAACAGAUCGCUGUGGAGAUUCUUUCUUGUGGUAGUGAGAAUAUACGAUCCCUUGGGGAAGCACCUAGAGAUCAGACAAUAUGGGCUAUUCGUGUAAUCUCUACAUAUGCUACCUUUUAUAAAGCUACGAUUACUGCGAUGUAUUGGAUGGAACUUGCAAACGGCCUACCGAAAGAAGAGUCAGUUAAGAUUCAAAGAUGGCCAGCUGAGAAUGGUUUGACGACUGGUUUCGAUCUCGCUGAACCAGAAGGAAGGCGUUCAGUUUUGACAGCGUUAACCAAAAUUCGUGAAUCACUUUUAUAA